GGCCUCUGCAAAAGAAAAGAAAGUAAAGCAGACACGUAAGUGGGAAAAUGUCCAAACGUCAAAAAAAUAAAGAAAAUAAUCAAAUAGAGUUGAGAGCAGUUCUAAUUGGGAGGCGCCAAUCUGGAAAAACCUCAGUGAUCAACACUAUACUAGAAACCAGUGAAACAGAGACUGAAGGAUCCACAGAUGAGCAUGUGAAGAGAGAAAGGUUUGUUGAUGGAAAGAAAGUCAGUCUGGUUGAAACUCCUGGCUGGUGGAAAACCUUUAAUCUAAAAGAUUUAUCCAUCAUCUCCAAACAGCAGCUGCUUCGCAGGAUUUCUCUGAUUUCACCCGGACCUCAUGCGGUUCUGAUCGUGAUUCGGGCCGAUUCACCAUUUACAGACACCGAUAGGAGGUUUCUGGAGGAGUAUGUGGAGCUCCUUGGUCCGAAUGUCUGGACUCACACCCUCGUCAUCUUCACAAGAGGAGAUUUGAUUAAACAAGAAGACAUAGAACAGCAUAUUAAGGAGAACGGGUCGGCGCUCAAGCGGCUUAUUGAAAAAUGUGAAAAUAAAUAUCACGUUUUUAAUAAUUCAAACCAUCACGACCGAACACAAGUCAAAGCGCUGUUCGAGAAAAUCGAAGGAAUUGUUGAGAAGAAUAACGGCAAGCACUUUGACAUUGACCUGGAAAAAGUAAAGAAAGUCAAUGAGCAGUGGGAGGAAAAUCAGACCAGAGCAAGUUCUAGAAAAUCCAGAGUACAGAAGGAACGGUCAGAAGUUCAAGAAAAAGCAAAUGUGCGUCGUCUUGAGGAGAUCAGAGUGGUUUUGCUGGGAUGGGUUCUUUGUGGAAAGAGUUCAGCUGGAAACACCAUCUUGAACCGGGAUGAAUUUGACACUGGAGGAAGAACCGGAGUGGGUUUGUGGGGGUUUGGAGAUGUAGAUGGAAGGAAGAUGACUGUUUUGGACACUCCAGGCUGGUGGAAGUACAUUGCAUCUGAACUCAACCCAGAUUUCAUUAGAUCUGCAAUUCUAGAAAGUGUUUCAGAGUGUAAGAAAUUCCCUAAUGCCAUUCUGCUCGUGAUUCCAGCAAAUACAUCAUUUCAGGAAGAACAAAAGAGAAUCACUGAGCAAAAUAUGUCAAUCCUUGGAGACGACGUCUGGAGACACACUAUAGUCCUGUUCACGUGGGGCGACAGAUUUAAAGACAUCUCAAUCGAGCAGCACAUUGAGGCUGAAGGUGAAGCUCUUCAGUGGCUGAUUGAGAAAUGCAGGAACAGAUAUCACGUCUUUGACAGCACAGACAAGAAGAACCGAGAUCAAGUCUCAGAGCUGCUCCAGAAGAUUGAUGAGAUGGCAGCAGAGAACAGCUUGUUUCGUCUCAAUACAUUGAAAAACUGCGAUGAGAAAAGCUCACAGGAGGAUCUGAAUGUGGAGAUCAGACUGAAGGAUGUCUGUCACUUUCUAGAUGAGGGGUUUAAGAGAAAAGCUGUGGAAUUAACAAAAAAGAUGGAAAACCUAUGCAUGGAUAUAAUGAAAGAAAGAAUAAAUCUUAAAAAAUGGGCAAGCAUGGAGUUUCCCCCUGAAUUAGCUCAGAAUGAACCUCCUGAUUCCCAAAAUGAAGUGGCCACUCCACAGGACAACAUUCCUGAGACGGUUAGGACACUUCUGGAAAGAGAGUUCAGCAGAUGGGAAAGUAUCAUCAUAGAUGGUGUUCAGGAAAGUUUGCUGGAGAUUAAAUCAUCAUUUGAGCUCUCUCAGGCUGAAAAGAUGCGGCAGUCAACAGAUGCUGUUGAAAGAUGGCUAGAAAACUGCUACCAUUAUCUUCUGCAUACUAUUGUUAAAAUCCAAGCUCCGGAAUCACUAAUCAAGGAAUCACUAAGAAUUGUUGUUCUGGGAUGGCAGAAAUUUGACAAAGCCUCAGUGAUAAACAACAUUUUAGGUGUUGAAGUUGAGUCUGACGAAUACUUUGUGAAGUCUGUGAAGAGAGACGGUGAGGUGAAUAGAAGAAAGAUUUCACUGAUCAACACACCAUGCUGGUGGGAGAUUUUUGAUUUGCAAGAUUCACCAGAGGUCGUCAAACAGGAACUGGUUUGCAGUGUCUUUAAGUGUGAACCAGGACCUCACGUCUUUCUGCUGGUCAUUAAUCUCAGUUUGUCUUUUACUGAAGAAAACAGACUCAGCAUUGAGAAACAUCUCAGUCUCUUUGGUGAAAUCUGGAGACACACCAUUGUGAUCCUUACAGGAGCUGAUUCACUGAAGGACAAAUCCAUCGAGCAGCAUGUACUGAAUCGAGACCUUCAGCAGAUCAUACAGAGAUGUGGAGAAAGAUAUCAUGUCUUUAAAAAUGAAAAUAAAAGUGCUGGAGUCCAAGAACUGCUUAUCAAGAUUGAUGAUGUUGUGGCAGCAAACAAUGGCAAGCAUUUUGAAACUCAAGACGACGUGCUAAUUGACAUUCAGAGAAAGAGAGAUAAGAAUGAAAAAAAAGCAAAAGCCAGACAAGAAAUGGUUCAGGGCAAAAGAAAACCACUGAAAGAAAUAAAAGCUGUGGCACCACUUUCGGAAGUGAGAAUUGUUCUGCUUGGAUGGGUCCUGUCUGGGAAGACUUCAACUGUAAACACCAUCUUUAAUAAUACACAAACUGAAACAGGAGGAACAAAAAAGUGUAUGAAAUACUCUGGUGUUGUAAACGGCAGAUCAGUGAUUGUGCUGGACACCCCAAGCUGGUGGAAGUAUUUUGCACCUAAAUUCAACCCAAAGUAUGUGCAGGCUUCAAUCCUGGAAAGCGUCGGACAAUCACAACAAAUGCAGUACCCUCACGCCAUGAUCCUUGUGAUUCCUAUUGAUACUUCAUUCAGGAAUGAACAGAAACGAAUCAUUAAACAGUACAUGGCCCAUCUCGGAGAUGACAUCUGGAGACACACUAUAGUCCUGUUCACGUGGGGCGACAGAUUCAAAGACAUCUCAAUCGAGCAGCACAUUGAGGCUGAAGGUGAAGCUCUUCAGUGGCUGAUUGACAAAUGCAGGAACAGAUAUCACGUCUUUGACAACACAAAUAAGAAUCAAGCUCAAGUCACAGAGCUGCUCCAGAAGAUUGAGGAGAUGGUGGCAGAAAAUAGUUUGUUCUGUCUCAACACUCAGAGUGCUGCAGAUGUGAAUGUUCACGUGCCUGGCACACAAAAAGAAGAUGAAAAGAGUCUGACCACUGACCAGCUGCUGAAGUUAAUGUACCAGGAGCUGAAUAACAGGCGUAAAGAGAUAAAAAGGAAGCUAGAAGAAUUAGGGAUGGACGUGCCUGAAUGUAUGGAAGUCAGAAGUGAAGGAAGCAUGGAUGGCACAAUAGAUUUUAAAGUUGACGAGAAAGUCAUGGAGCAGAUCAGGAGAGAAGGAAGCAGAUUGGAAGCAAUUUUAAUGAAGGGAAUCUUGAGCAUUCAGAAUCCUGAAGCAUCUCGUGAUGAACAUAUAAGUAUGAAUGAAAAAGUGUCUUGGUGGCUUCAAAAAUAUGAGGAACACAGCACAUCUGAAGAAUCGGGAUAUAAAACAGAACAAAACAAUCCAGCAGAAGAUCCAGAAGAGUCAUACAAUACAGCCAAUCUUACAUGAGAAAAUGUUGUAUGCCUGUAAAAACCAGUUUGCAGAGUAAACUACUCUCUACUUCAAUAUAUGUCAAACAUAUGUGGUGUAUAGCAAUCUUUUUGCAAUUUGUUAAAUAUGUUAUAUUAUGAAUGUUUGUGUAUUUCUACUUAAUAGUUGAUAUUAUUGUAUAAUAUAUACAAAUUUAAUUACUUCUACAUUAUAAUUUUCAUCAUAAUUUAUGCAGCUUCAGAGUUAUGAUUGAGCCCAAGACCAUUAACGUAUGGUAAUAUGCAGUAUUUUUGUAUCCCUGUACCUUUGUAACCUUUGAAUAAAUAAAUACCUGU